GGCACAGAGUUCGAUAAGGCAGGAUUUUUCAAUAGAUUAAGUGGAAGGGCGUAUAAGGAUGUAAAGAAAAAAAAUACUGAUUGAGUACCAGAGUUGCUUUCCUCGAAAAGGAAAAUGAGGAUCUUAAAGGCAGUUUCACCGUGAAAACGAAAAACGCCAAGAACAACGACAAAAACUUCAUGCCAUCAUGACGGACUGCAGUAUCCAACUUGGGGAUGGGAAUACAAUAUUCCAAUAUGAUAUUGAUAGGGAAGACCCGAUUCCGAUGAUCAAAAAACUAUUCGAUAUGAUAAAAUCUGCCAAUGAUAAAAUGAUACAUAUGCUUACGGUAUCAGAAAACAAACUCAAUAAGAACGAUAAAUACCUACACAAGAUACAUUCGAUGGUGGAACAAUUGCAAGAAAAUAGAUCAGCAAGUGUCAAAACACAAAUGAUAGAAGAAUUGAAAGAAAUGGUUGAAAUACCAACGGAGAAAGACGACUUCUCAUCAAUCGAAGAAGCAUUUGAGGGUUUCAAAGCAAAUGAGACCGUAAAAGAAGGUUUUGAACAUCUUGGUAGUCGAGCUAAGCGUGGAAUUAGACUCAUAGUUUAUAAAUUUGGUUCUAUGACCAUACAAGCAUUUGCAAACGUACUUGGACAACGAAUUGAAAAGCAGAGCAUUCCAACUGAAGAAACUUUGGAUGAGAAAGCCUGUUGCUCAAUCAUUUUGAAUUGGCUGAGUACACACGAAAAUGACGUGCCAAAAUUUAUAAACAUUUUAAAAAGACUUGACAAUCAAAUUGCAAUAAACUCGAUACAAAGUCUUAAACAAGAAACAUUUAUGAAACUCUACGACUUACCAGAAAAAAGAAGAACGGAUGAUCUAUCAGAUACGAGUUCAUCACUAGGGGCACUCCAACUUGGCAGGUCUGUUUUGUCUCUCAGAUCCAGUACAAGUGAUGUAAGUGAGACGUUUGAAAAUAUUGAGAAACACGUAUGUGAAACCCUCCAGAAAACGGAUGAUAACCCUCCCGACACGAAUGCACUAUUAUGUGCUCUGUAUUCGCUCGUUAUGGACAAUACCAGGCGGUUACAAGAAGUCAGCGAAAAGGUUGGCGCAGAUAACUACGUUGGCAAUCCUAUAAACUAUAUGAAAUCUAAUCCAAAAGACAAAAUCGAGGAAAGAGAAGCAGGCGAGAAAAACAAUUCUAAAGAGGAGGAUGAACGGGCGGAGAAAUAUGUGUGACGACAAAUCCAAGAAAAUUAUAUGUGACACAAUGAAGAAAAAUACAUCUGAAAUAGACAAUUUAUGCAACGCAAAUUAAGGGUAAUCUUAUUAUAAGCGUGUUUUUAUUAUUAUUUAUUGAAAAACAUAAACCAAUACAAUCAAAAACAUAUUUUAUGUAUGUUCUCUGCUUGUGCGUGACUUUUAUUUAAAGUUCAGUUUCAAAUACUUUUUAGAACAUUAUACCUCAGUGCUGAAUUGAUUACUUAGAAAUCAGUUUUCCCUUCUUUUCAUUCAUUUAAUGAUAAUGCUAUAUUCUCUUAGCAUAACUGUACAUGUAUAUUUGCUUGACUACGAUUAUAAAUCAUUUUACUAGGUUAAGUCAUUUAAUCACGUUUAUUGUGCUAUUUCAAAACUUGAUUUAAACUACGACAUUUACUCUAGAUACCAGUUUUUAUAUGCCAGUUGUAUUUUAUGCGGGUAAAUUUAAAUGUAACUAAUAAAUAUGAAAAAAUAAAUUGUAAAAUUGUA